AUGGCUGCCACGACAACUCGAGUAGGCAGAUCGUGUCUCUACCGCCGGUCGGCGCGUGACUUCGAUGGAGGACGAUUCUUGAUUGAAGCUCUGUGCCAUCCUUCACAAGCGCAUCUCCCACUCCACCUAAACGUCCGCCUUCGACCACCGUCACAAUCAUACCCACAAUUACCAUCACAACCGCAAUCACAGCAGCGACGAUGCUUUUCCAACACAAGGAGGCUAUUUGAAGAACAAAAGGAACAAAAAAGCAAAAGCAACCAGAGGUUCACAUCCCGGCUGGGCAAAGCAUGGCGUUCCACAAAGAUAGAAUGGAAGCCCAUCCCCAUCGGCCUGGGCAUCGCCUUCCUGGGUCUCUUCCAGUUUGCGCGCAUGCAAAGAAGCCGAGAAGGCCACGGUGCGUACGGCGACGAACCGCCCCCUCCGAAGCGGCAGAGGGUGUAUCCGUCUGGCGGCGGCUGGCAGGUCCAAAUCAUGUCGACGCUGCCUCUCAAGGCCAUCUCGCGCGUCUGGGGCCGCUUCAACGAGCUCACGAUCCCUUACUACCUGCGCGUGCCCGGGUUCAAGCUCUACGGCUGGAUUUUCGGGGUGAAUUUCGACGAAGUGGCCGAGCCGGAUCUCCGCGCGUAUCCGAACCUGGCUGCCUUCUUUUACAGGGAACUCAAGCCGGGGAUUCGUCCGCUAGACCCCAAUCCCAAUGCUAUCCUUUCCCCAGCAGACGCCAAGGUUCUGCAGUUCGGCACCAUCGAGAAUGGCCAGGUCGAGCAGGUCAAAGGCAUGACGUACAGCGUUGAUGCCCUCCUAGGGAAAAUCGCGCCGCAGUCGCCGAACCCACAGGCCCCGUCCAACAUCUUUGGCACCUCGUCUUCCAAAGUCAAGGACACUCUACAGCCGCAGUCCAAAGCAGACACCUCGGAAGACAUUUCGGGGGAUGAAGAGUUCGCCAACAUGAACGGCAUCUCGUAUACCCUGCCGGGCCUGUUCUCUGGUGGCCCGUCGGCGUCAUCAUCCCCGGACAAAACUCCGACGCCCAGCCGCGACGCAUCCACAAAAUCGGCCCCCUCCUCCGAAGCCGCCGUCUCCGCCGACCUGGCGAGCCAGCAACAACCAUGGUGGUCGCCCUUUUCCCAGCCCGCGCGCUCGUCCAGUUUGUAUUACGCGGUCGUCUACCUCGCCCCGGGAGACUACCACCGCUUCCACUCGCCGGUGAGCUGGGUAUGCACCACGCGCCGGCACUUCGCGGGCGAACUGUACAGCGUGAGUCCGUACGUCCAGCGCACGCUCCCGGGCCUGUUCACGCUGAAUGAGCGGGUCGUGCUCCUGGGCCGCUGGAAACACGGCUUCCACAGUUACGUGGCGGUGGGCGCGACGAACGUCGGCUCCGUCGUCAUCAACUUCGACAAAGAGUUGCGCACGAACUCGCUGACCACGGAUACCGAGGCCGAUCGCCAGGCCGCGCUGGCCGCGGAGCGCGGCGAACCCUACUCGGGCUUCAGCGAGGCAACGUACCAGAACGCGAGUAAGAUCCUGGGCGGCCACGCGCUGCGCAGGGGCGAGGAAAUGGGCGGGUUUCGGCUGGGGAGUAGUAUCGUGCUGGUGUUUGAGGCGCCCGCGGGCAAGGAGGGUAGGCCCGGCUUGAAGUGGGCGGUCGAGAAGGGCCAGAAGAUCAAGAUGGGCCAGGCUCUGGGGUAUGUGGUGGAUGAGGAGGAGUAG